GUGGUGUUGAAAUCAUGAAGAGGCAUGCAAAUGUGCAUAUAAUACGGCAGUGACAUCACAUCAUUCAAAGUUCCGCAUUAAAACAGAGGGAACUACUCAAAAGGCUUCUUCCUCUAAAACUGUUCGAACUCUCUCUGAUAUACUGGGUUGCAUGUCAUGCUGCUACUUAGAAAUAUAGACAAACAAGGGGAAAAUCAAGGCGAUGUCUGAGACAACCAAUCAAGACUGAGAAGGAAGUCUAUUUCUAUUUUAAGAUCUUGUCAACGCCUCAUUAUCUCCCUUCAAAAUCAUUGCGGACUUCUGUUAUUUACAGAUUUCACACUGCAAGUAAAAGUUGAAAACAUUAAAAUGAGGGAAAGUUCUGCAUUUUUCUUCGUUUUGUACUGUUGCGUCCUCACAACCCUGACCGACGGCUUUUCUUUAAGUAACUGCACCAUUUAUUAUCCCUUUGAAUACUCUGGCCAUCUGAAGGUGCUGUGCAACAGGAUGGGUUACAGGAAAACACCUUCACCGUUACCCCACAACACUGUCAAUCUGGAUAUUUCCUACAAUGCCAUCCAUCGGAUCGUUGAAUGGGAUUUCAUCAGACUUUCAAAUCUGAUCAUUUUAAACAUAUCUCACAACAGGAUAUCUGAAAUACACGCCAAUGCAUUGAGUUACCUAACAAACCUGGAAGAGCUCAACCUGUCCCACAAUAAAAUCAAAACGGUGACCACAAACCUCCUCAACGGUCUUGCAAACCUGACUUAUUUAAGACUCGACUCGAAUUACAUAGAGACGAUUGAAAACCAGUCACUUGCGACACUUUCGAAUUUGAGGCUCGUAAACUUUACCAAUAACAAGUUAAAGCACGUUUCCAAACUCCAUCCUCUUCUUCAAGUACCACAUCUGGAGGAACUUUACUUGGGAAAGAACGGCUUCCGAGUUUUCAACUCAAGCGACAUCCCAUCGGCAUUCUUUGAUUUGAAAAAGUUGGAUCUGUCGAUGAAUCCCUUGACAGUGUUCAAGAUGACGGAAAACAUCUUUCCUGAACUUGAGUACUUGGAUUUGUCAAGCUGUUUCCAGACCGAUACUUCCACUAGGUUCAUUCUAGACAAGGCGUUCCUGAACACAGUUAAGACUCUCAACCUCAGUAGGAAUCACAUUGAAGAAAACCAGCUUGGUUAUAUAAUGCAGAGUUUCGCUUCUGUGACCUGGAUGGCACUGGAUGGUCUGAAGGGGUUCAAAGUGGAGACGCUUUUACAGAAGGCAUGUUCUCCCAGUCUGAGGGGUCUCCACUUGGAGGACAACCGACUUUCUGUACUUAACGAUCACAUGUUUAGACCGUGUGCACUUUUGAAUGAGUUGCACCUAAGAAACAACAGCGUAUUUAGAAUCUAUAAGUCGUCAUUCUAUCAUCUAGUCAACUUGACAGAGUUACGAAUACAAAAGAACCGUCUGACGCAACUGAAUGACACCCUUUGGGUUCUCCCCAACUUACGGGUCCUCGAUCUUCAUCUCAACAACAUUCAAAAUCUUGCCUGCUCUGAUUUUGCGAAUCUGACGCAGUUAAGGCAACUCUAUUUGCACAAGAACCAAAUUGUGACAAUCAAGGAAUGUGUAUUUAAGAAUUUAGGAAAUCUCGAAGAGCUCAUUUUGAGCAGCAAUCGUAUGUUAACAGUCAGUGGCACCUUUACACACGGCCCCAAAAAAUUACAAUACCUGGAUUUGAAUAACAAUAAGUUGAGUGCCAUCCAAAGAUACUCUUUUAAAACUUUGGAUUCCCUUCGGACCUUGCAUCUCUCAGAUAGCCAAAUAUUAAAUAUCGAUCCAAAUGCUUUUGCAGGACUGAUAAAUUUAACAGACUUGCAUCUUGCAUCUAACAAAAUCACAGAAAGAACUCUUGAAAACCAUACUGUGUUCGCCGGUACGCCUUACCUAAAGAGUGUAGAUCUGAGUUGCAAUUACAUCUCAUACGAGAGUCAAGAGGAGCUACAAAGUCCACCGUUCAUCCUGUUAACUGAACUGAGAGUUUUGAAGAUCAACAGUCAACGUCGAGGCUUAAACUACAUCCCUUCGAACUUCCUGAAAGGUCUCAAAAACUUGCAAUUAUUUUAUGCUGGGAACCUUAAUGUCAAGAAUUUACAUGUGGACACAUUUAGUUCCACUCCCAAGCUUACUUACUUGGAUUUGACAAAUAAUAAUCUUGCGAACAGGAAUGCUUUGCCGUCCAGGCUUUUCCAGCCAAUAUCAGGCCUAAACAAGAUUACGUUGGGUCGGACUCACCUUAAGUCCUUGGACUUCUUAGUUGACGCAAAUCUCUCCAAUCUGACGAUCCUGCGAGCAAGUAUGAAUGACCUUGAAUUUAUAAACCAAACAAUCAUCCAAUCGCUUCCUCAACUCAAAGUGCUUGAUUUGCAAAACAACAGCUUCACGUGCGACUGUAGUAACGCUUGGUUCAUCGACUGGGCCGUCAAGAACAAUAAAACACAGGUGCUCUACCUGAACAGGUACGAAUGUCGCUAUCCCCUUUCUUUAAGUGGAAAGAGUCUGGCAGCCUUCAACACUGAAUCCUGCAAUGUGAAUUACGACUUCAUCUGCUUUAUCUACAGCUCUUCCAUUGUCAUUCUCAAUCUAGUCAUUUCAUUUAUCUACCACUUUCUAAAAUGGCAACUGGUCUAUGCGUACUACCUCUUUUUGGCUUUCCUCAAUGACAAAAAGAGGAAGCAACCCUUAAAUCAACUGGAUUUCCAAUAUGACGCCUUCAUUUCGUACAAUGCUCAAGAAGAGCCAUGGGUUCUGGAAGAACUUGUGCCUAAACUUGAGGGUCAACACGGCUUGAGAUUGUGCCUUCAUCACCGAGACUUCCAGCCAGGAAAGGCUAUUAUCGACAACAUCGUGGAUGCAAUAUACAACAGCCGCAAAACCGUCUGCCUGAUCACGCACAACUACCUGAAGAGUGUUUGGUGUUCGAAUGAGAUCCAGGUGGCCAGCUUCAGACUUUUUGAUGAACAGAAAGACGUUUUGGUUCUAGUUUUUCUCGAGGAUAUUCCAGCACACCAGCUUUCGCCAUAUUACCGAAUGCGCAAGCUGGUAAAGAAGCAGACGUAUCUACGGCGCCCCAAACCUGGAGAAGAUACUCGAGCGUUCUGGCAGAAACUCAAAAUGGCCAUUGAGUCUAAAGAGGACAUAAAGGAAAGACAGAUCCUUUCUGGGAAAGAUGAAGAUCAUAUUUAAAGAUCAGUGUAGCCCGAUUGUAUUAUUAAUUAUUUAAAUGAAAUGCUUCACGUAAAAACUGUAAUGUAAAAAAAAAUGUAAAUUAUCACAAUCUGCAUUUAAUUAUUAACGUUAUAUAUUUUGCCACUUUUUAGUCAACUGAGGAUACCAGUUCCCAUUCUAACUAUUCCCUCCAAUUAAUGCUGGUCUAUUAAACUAUAAAAUAUUAUAAGUGUCAAAAUUGUGGCUGCACGAUAUAUCAAGCCGAUAUUGCGAUAUGGCUUAAUUAAUGCAAUAAUCAAAUUGCUAAGAUUUAUUUGAAUAAAUAUACUGUUUGCGCUGCUGGAUACAGAAUGAAUAUGGUGCUCACAAUACAAUGUUUCAGUGUUUUAGAGCAGCUUGGUUAAUUUAUUGUGAAUCGAGGCACUCUGAGAUGCUGAAACACUGUAUCAUGAGCUGUAUGCGUCUAAAUGAACACAGUGCCGCGCUUCACUCUGAAAAUGGCAGUGCAUAUAUUUACUUGUCGGCAAACUGCCAAAAUAAAUAAUAGUAGAUGAAUUAACAUUUGAAAAUUAAGAAAUUCAGAUGUAGAUGUUAGUAUUGCAAUUUUACAGUUGUAGGCCUACUAUACAAUAAAAUUUGUAUUAUUUUUAUUAAAUACAAAUUAUUUUAUUUGAUUAUAUAUAUUACAUUUUUACACUAGAAAAGUAUUACAUUAUAUUUAUUAAUUUAUUGAAUAUGUUUUAAAUUAAUAUUAAAUCACAAUAAAAUAACUUUAUUAUUUUAUAGUGCAUACAGAGAGAAAAAAUGGUUACUGAAAGAGAUUUGUGUUGGUUUGAGUAUACCCAAUUUUUUUUUUAAGUUUUGUUAAAAUCUAAGAGGAUGGGUCACAUAAAAAGUAUAUUUAGAGUAAAAAGUGGCUUUUUAACUUUAUGUUUAUUUUCAGAUUUGCUCCGCAACAAAAGCAACCCAAAUUCAGACGUAAAUAUUAGUAUUGUAAUUUUACAACUGCACUAUAAGAUAAAAUUCUAAUUAUAUAUAUAUAUAUUUAUAUAUAUCACAAGCUGGGCUAGAACCCGGGCCUCUGGUGUGGUGGUUGAGAGAUCUGCCACUAGGCCACAGAGGGUGUAAUGUUGGACCCAAACGAAAUACUCAAGCCAGUACUCCAGGCAAGGUUGGUUUAUUAAAA